GAGUUCUUCCAGGGCCUGGAGUCCCACACGGUGCUCACUGAGACCUACUUCAGGAAGGUGCUGCCCCCCCCCUCAGAGACCCUGGUCCUGGAGGAGGCGCUGACGGAGGCUCAGAGCGUCCUGAAGGAGGCGCACAGCAGGGGGGUGCAGCUGCAGGGGGUCCUGGAGACGUGGAGCCGCCUGCUGCAGGACUACCAGAGUCUGAUGGUGCACCUGGAGGAGGUGGAGGAGAGCAUCCCAGCAGGGGGUCUGGUAGAGGAGACAGAGGAGAGGCUGACUGACAGGAUCUCUCUGUACCAGGGUCUGGGGUCCCGGCUCUCGGAGCAGCAGAACCGCCUGCAGCUGGUUCUGGAUGAAGGGAAAGUUCUGCUGCAGACGCUCUGCUGCCCCCUGCUGGAGAACCAGCUGUCACUGCUGGGGGAGAGGUGGACCAGAACCAGAACCAGAGUGAAGAGAGAGGAGAAGAGACUGGAGAACAUGCUGCUGCACUGGAGGAGGUACCAGACGGACGGUGCAGAUCUCUCUCUCUGGCUGCACUCCGCUCUGCAGCGCCUCGACUUCUGGAACUCUCAGGCUGUGUCAGAGCCUCAGGAGCUGGAGAGCAUCAGAGACCACCUGUCCUCCUUCCUGGAGUUCUGUAAGGAGGUGGAGGGCCGCUCCGCUCUGAAGAGCUCGGUUCUGCAGGAGGGGAACCAGCUGCUGCGCCUGAAGAAGGUGGACACGGUCCUGCUGAGGGCGGAGCUUAGUCGCAUCGACAGGGAGUGGAGCGAGCUGCUCACACACAUCCCCAAUGUUCAGGAGAAACUGCACCAGAUCCAGAUGGAGAAGCUGGCGUCGCGGCACGCCCUCUCAGAGCUGAGUAACUGGAUCUCUCUGAUGGAGGGGGUGAUGGAGGAGAACCAGGAGAACCUGAAGAGUGCUGUGGGUUCUCAUGUGAUCCAGGAGUACCUGCACAAACACAAGGGCUUCCGGGUGGACCUGAGCUGUAAGCAGCUGACGGUGGACUUCGUGAACCAGUCGGUGCAGAUUGGUCAGGAAUCAGAUGUUAAACGCAGCGACAAGACCGACUUCGCCGAGAGGCUGGGGGCCAUGAACCAACGCUGGCAGAUCCUCCAGAGCCGCGUCAACGAGAGGAUCCAGGUCCUGGAGGGGCUGCUGCAGAUGUGGCUGCAGUACGAGAGCAGCGUCUCGGCUCUGAAGUCCUGGAUGUCUUCUCAGGAGGAGAGGCUGAAGAGGAGGCAUCGCAUCGAGGAUCUGACCUCCGUGCAGAACGCUGUGAGAGACUGUGAGGAGAUGGAGCAGCAGGUGAAGCAGAAGGAGCAGGACCUGCAGCAGGUGGAGGAGCAGGGCUGCGCUCUCGUGCAGAACAAGACGGACGAAGCAUGCGCCAUCGUCAUGGAUGAACGCUGCAAGGGCGUCAACCACACCUGGGCUCACCUGGACCACCUGGUGGGUCAGCUGAAGCUCAGCCUCUCCUCAGUGCUGGAUCAAUGGACUCUUUACCGCGGCGCCUCAGAGGAGAUCAACGCUCGGCUGAUGGAGGGGCGGUACUCCGUCUCUAGGCUCCGCCUCCUCACCGGCUCGCUGGAGGCCGUGCAGCUGCAGGUGACGAGCCUACAGGAGCUCCAGGAGGAUCUGGAGAAGCAGGAGAGUAGCGUGAGGAGGUUUGGAGCGGUGACCCACCAGCUGCUGAAGGAGAGCCACCCCUCGCUGUCCGACUCGCUGAACAACAGCCUGCAGGACGUCAACGCAAGGUGGACGGGGCUCCUGGAGGAGAUCUCUGAGCGCAGGAGGAGCAGCGAGGCUCUGCUGCAGCUGUGGCAGAGAUAUAAACAUCUGCACGAGGAGAGCUGCAGCGGCAUGCGUCUGCAGGAGGACGCCAUGCAGCGGCUGGUCAACAGCUGCAGCGAGGAGAUCAGCGACGACGAGGUCAACGUCUGGAUCCAGGAGAGCAGCGAGCUCCUGAGGGCCCAGGGGCCCCUGAGGGCCUCCCUCCAGGUGCUCCAUCAGCUGGGGGAGCAGCUGAAGCAGCAGGUGGAGAUCUCUGCUGCCUCCAACCUGCAGUCAGACCACCUGUCACUCAAACACAGACUCUCUGCUGUGGAGACCACCAUCAGCAGGCAGCUGACCACCCUGCAGACGGGGGUCCAGGACUACGAGCUGUUUAACUCCCAGCUGGACUCCAUGGGAGUCUGGGUCCUGGAGGCUGAGGAGGCUCUGAGGGCCCCGGACCCCUCUGGAUCCACAGACCCCCCCCUCAUCCAGGACCGCAUGCAGGAGCUGAAGAGUCUGAUGCUGAGGUUCAGCAGCUUGUCUCCAGAGCUGGACCGGGUCACUGAGCUCGGGUACCGGCUCCCUCUCAACGACCCGGAGAUAAAGCGUCUCCAGAGCCUGAACCGGAGCUGGAGCAGCGCCUCGGCCCAGACCACCGAGAGGUUCAGCAAGCUGCAGGCGUUCCUGCUGCAGCAGCAGAGCUUCCUGGAGAAGUGUGAGACCUGGAUGGACUUCCUGCUGCAGACGGAGGAGAACCUGGCCGUGGAAAUCUCCGGAAACAUGCAGAGUCUGACGGAGCAGCAGAAAGCCCACGAGCUGUUCCAGGCGGAGAUGUUCAGCCGGCAGCAGAUCCUUCACUCCAUCAUCAGUGACGGGCAGAGGAUGCUGGAGCAGGGACAGGUGGACGACAGAGAGGAGUUCCACAUGAAGCUGGCGCUCCUCAGCACCCAGUGGCAGGGCGUGGUACGGCGGGCGCAGCAGCGGCGCGGCAUCAUCGACGGUCUGCUGAGACAGUGGCAGCGUUACAGAGAGACGCUGGAGAAGCUGCGCCGCUGGAUGCUGGAUGUCUCCUCCCAGCAGGAUGUCUCCUCCCAGCAGGGUGCCACGGGGCCCCUGCAGCCGGGGGCCAACGUGCCCCUGCAGCAGGCCAGAUCCAUGCUGGACGCCGUGCAGCUGAAGGAGAAGGUGUUCCAGCGGCAGCAGGGCAGCUUCAUCCUGACGGUGGAAGCCGGACGCCAGCUGCUGCUUUCAGCCGACAGCCAGGCAGAAAUCAUCCUGCAGGAGGAGAUCAGAGACAUCCAGGAGAGCUGGAGGAGCACCAGCUGUGCUCUGGAGCAGCAGAGGAGGCAGCUCAGCACCAUCAUCAAGGACUGGGACAGGUGUGAGCGGGGGAUCGGAGGCUCUCUGGAGAAACUGCGAUCGUUCAAACGUCAGCUCUCUGCAGCGCUGCCCGAACACAACGAGGACCUGCAGAGCGAGCAGCGGCGCUGCAAGGACCUGGAGCAGGCCUUCUCCUCCUGGCCCGGGGACCUGGCCCACCUCACGGUCCUCAAAGAGUCUCUGAGCCGCUUCAUCAGCAGCGAGGACCUGAACGUCCUGACAGAGAGGAUGGAGCUGCUGCACCGGCAGUGGGAUGAGAUCUGCCAUCAGCUCUCUCUCCGGCGGCAGACUCUCGGGGAGAAACUGAACGAGUGGACGGUGUUCAGCGAGAAGUACAAGGACCUGUGUGAGUGGCUCACCCACAUGGAGAGCAAGGUGUCUGAGAACGGAGACAUCAGCAUCGAGGAGAUGAUCGACAAGCUGCGCAAGGACUACCAGGAGGAGAUCAGCGUCUCUGAGGAGAACAAGCAGCAGCUGCAGCUCCUCGGGGAGAGACUCAGCAGAAACAGCCCCUCCUGCAGAGCUGCUGACAUCCAGAGCAAACUGAGCAAGGUCAACGAGCGCUGGAGACACCUGCUGGACCUGGUGGGAGCACGGGUGAAGAAGCUGCGUGAGACCCUGGUGGCGGUGCAGCAGCUGGAUAAGAACAUGAACAGUCUGAGAUGCUGGCUCGCUCACAUCGAGACAGAACUCUCCAGACCGCUCGUGUUCGAGAGCUGCGACGCCAACGAGAUCCAGAGGAAGCUGGACCUGCAGCAGGAGCUGCAGCGCGACAUCGAGAAGCACAGCACGGGCGUGGCGUCGGUUCUGAAUCUGUGCGAGGUUCUGCUGCACGACUGUGACGCCUGCAGCACGGACGCUGAGUGUGACUCCAUCCAGAGCGCCACCCGGUGUCUGGACCGCCGCUGGAGGAGCAUCUGUGCCCUGUCCAUGGAGAGGAGGCUCAGGAUCGAGGAGACGUGGCGUCUGUGGCAGAAGUUCCUGGAGGACUUCUCCCGGUUUGAGGAGUGGCUCGUCUCCUCGGAGAGAACCGCGGCGCUGCCCAACUCCUCGGGGGUCCUGUACACCGUGGCCAAGGAGGAGAUGAAGAAGUUCGAGUCCUUCCAGAGGCAGGUCCAUGAGAGCCUGACCCAGCUGGAGCUCAUCAACAAACAGUACCGGCGCCUGGCCCGGGAGAACCGCACCGACACAUCCUCUCUCCUGAGGGAGAAGAGCCAGGGAGCCAACCUGCGCUGGGACGCCCUGCAGAGGAGGGUCAACUCCAUCCUGAGACGACUCAAGCACUUCACAGGUCAGAGGGAGGACUUUGAGACGUCCAGAGACUCCAUCCUGGUGUGGCUGACGGAGAUGGACCUGCAGCUGACCAACAUCGAACAUUUCUCAGAGUGUGACAUCCAGGCCAAGAUCAAGCAGCUCAGGUCCUUCCAGCAGGAGAUCUCCCUCACCACAGGGAGGAUCUCUCAGAUCUUCCAGCAGGGGGAGGCUCUGAUGGAGAAGAGCGAGCCUCUGGACUCAGCUGUGAUGGAGGAGGAGCUGGAGGAGCUGCAGAGGUACUGCCAGGAGGUGUUCGGGAGGGUGGAGCGGUACUACAGGAAGCUGAUCCGCCUGCCGCUGGCGGACGACGACACCGAGGUCUCUCUCUCGGACCGGGAGCUGGAUCUGGAUGAGGCGUGCGAUGUGUCCGGGGGUCCGUGGGGGGGCGGCGAGCGUCUGGGGGACGGCUUGCUGUCGCCCCUCCCGUCCUCCGGGGGGCGCUCUGCUCAGCUGAGAGGAGAGAGAGGAGAGAGAUCAGGCAGAGACACACCGGCCAGCGUGGACUCCAUCCCUCUGGAGUGGGACCACGACUACGAUCUGAGCCGGGGACUGGAGAGAGAGACGGAGAGAGAGGAGGGGGACUUCCUGCUGAGAGAUGUAGAGAUCCCAGAGAGCCCCGAGGCCUUUGUUAGAGUCACUGAGCAAACUCUGAGGUCCUCCUCUGGAGAGGCAGCCUCUGCAGACGCCCCCCCGCUGAGUGGAGCCGAUCAGGACGCCUCGUACCUGGGAUACAUGCGUCUGCUGGGGGAGUGUCGCGGCUCCAUCGACACGGUGAGGAAGAUGGGCUGCGAGCUGAAGGAGGAAGAGGAGGGGGGGGCCGGACUGAUAGACCCCAGCUCAGAGUCCCAGACCUCUGGAGUGAUCGAGCGCUGGGAGCUGCUGCAGGCGCAGGACGCCAGCCGGCAGCUGCGCAGGAAGCAGAGCCAGCAGCAGGAGCAGCAGCUGACCUCAGACCUGCUGAAGGUGUGCAGCUGGCUGGGGGGGGCGGAGGAGGAGCUGCAGCAGCAGAGGAGGCUGGAGGUCAGCUCAGACAUCCAGGACAUCCAGCAGCGCAUCCACAAGCUCAAGGAGCUGCAGAAGGCGUACGAUAAGCGUAAAGCCAUCGUUCUGUCGGUGAACCUGUGCAGCUCAGAGUUCCUGCAUCCGGACAGCGAGGAGAGCCGGGAGCUGACGGCCCGACUGAAGGACAUGAACAACAGCUGGGAGCGGCUGGGGGGGGCUCUGGAGGAGUGGAGGGCCGGCCUGCAGGGGGCGCUCAUGCAGUGUCAGGACUUCCACGAGAUGAGCCACGGCCUGCUGCUCUGGCUGGAGAACAUCGACCGGAGGAGGAACCAGCUGCUGCCCCUGGACCCGGGGAGGGACCGGGAGACCCUGCAGGACCACCACAAGGCCCUCACGGUGAUCCGCCAGGAGCUGCUGGACUCCCAGCUGAAGGUGUCCUCUCUGCAGGACAUGUCUCUGCAGCUGCUCGUGCACGCUCAGGGCAGCGACUGUCUGGAGGCCAAAGAGAAAGUGCACGUGAUCGGGAACCGUCUGAAGCUGCUGCUGAAGGAGGUGACGAGAGACCUGAGGGAGAUCAGCAGGGUCCUGGAGAUCAGCAGCAGCCAGCAGGACCUGUCCUCCUGGUCCUCUGCAGAUGAUCUGGACACGUCUGGUUCUCUGAGUCCGGUCUCAGGACGCAGCACACCGAGCCGCCGCCGAUCGCAGCGGGGCGAUAGUAGUGUGUCACAGCCGGGAGCCCCCCCCCACAGGUUUCUCAGCGCCGCUGGAUCCGGUUCCUCCCGUUCUGACCCGGUUCCCUGGAGGUUCUGCAGCUCGUGGUUCCGGAGGGUUCUGCUGGUGUCUCUUCCGUUUCAGAUCUUCCUCCUGCUCCUCGUCUUCCUCAGCUUCCUGCUGCCUCUCACAGAGGAGGACUACUGCUCUCAGUCCAACAACUUCCUGCACUCCUUCUCCCCCAUGCUGAGCUACACCAACCCCCCGCCCGUCUGAUCCAAGGGGAGGGGGGGGGCUCGAUGCUGAGCUAC